CUUUAGUUAGUCCCUCUGCUUCUUCCUUCCUUCCUUCGUCUCAUACCUCUGCGGUAAUCUCGCCAAAGAAGCAACGUCUUAUCGACUCAUAGCUUAAAGUUCUAAUGCAGACAAUCAUCCACAACCUCCCGUCCUGUAGCUUUAACUCUCUCAUUAUUGAACGGAAACAACAAAGACUUCAGCUUUCUUCUUUUGUUACUCUUCCUCCAACUUUGUCAGUGCAACCAAGUUUCUCUACAAGAGCAACGAAUAGACAGUUCGUCUCAGUUUGUGCAGCACCUUCAGAUGUUGAGACCUCUUCCAAGGAUGAAUCAGUUUUGAUUACGACAGUGGAGACCGGAAACAGCAAUGAAGUUAAGGUGCAUGUUGAAGUAUCUGGAGAGAAGACUCAAGCAGUAUUCAAUACUGUAUUUGACAAAAUGGUGGCUGCAGCUCAGCCUAUCCCGGGCUUCCGAAGAGUUAAAGGAGGGAAGACCCCAGACAUACCUAAAGAUAUUUUGUUAGAGAUCCUUGGAUAUUCUAAAGUCUAUAGGCAGGUGAUAAAGAAAUUAAUCAAUUCUACUAUUGAAGACUAUGUUAAACAGGAAGACCUAAAGGUUGGCAAAGAGUUGAGUGUUGAGCAAAGCUAUGAAGAUCUUGAAGAAACAUUUGAACCAGGUGAAAGUUUCAGCUUCGAUGCUACUAUUAAGCUUCAAGAAGUUAGUUGAACGAAUUUGUUGAAUUGUUAUUUGUCUUUCUACUUUGUCUGGUAAAUAUUAGAUUUCUUGUUGAUUUUGUGGUAACAAGUUUGAAAUUUUUCAGUUUCAGUGGGGGUAUUUGUGUGUUCUCAAUAAAUAACUAAAAAGGGAAUACUAAAAGAUUCUAUUACAG